GAUGUUGCCGCCGAUCCGGACCCGCCCAGCUCGGCGUCACGGCACCGACAAGAUGGCCGAGAUUACGGGUCGAAAGUGAGGGAGAAAACAAAAACAUCUGCGCGCUGACCCCCCCGCGCACCCUCCCUGCCGAAGACGCCAGAUUCGACGCGGUGUCGGGGACUGGUCGGGGCGGAGGUCGACGCUGGGUGCACCGCGGACUCCGGCUCUCGUUUUCGCCGGAUGCAAACACCGCGCGCUCCGCGGCGGCGCGCGCUGGGCAGGCACCACCGUGCGUCGGCUCUUCUGGGAGCUAACACCGCUUAGCCAUGUUUGCUAGCUGACAGCAUCGCUGCCGAGGCGUUGCGCGAUCCCACGGCGACACUUGGGCUCGCCCCGGUAUAAAUAGCCGCUGCUCCUAAAUAAGCGAUCGGAGGCCAGCGUUUGGCGUUGCUCUGCGACUGUAAGGGCGCUCCGGGUGAGUGUUGGGGAGGACGGCGGUGUCUCCGCGUAACAGCAGCGGGAACUGAUCUCCUCAGAGCUGGAUAGCCGGGAGUCCGACAGGAUUAAUAGCGCUGAAAGCAACACGGCCGGGGCGAUCUAAGCCCCUGCAUGACGGGACGAGGAGCAAACCCAGGCGGCUUCAUCAUGGCCCACUCUCCCGUUCAGGGCAACCUGCCGGGGAUGCAGAACGUCCGAGUGGACCCCGAGGAGCUGUUCACCAAGCUGGAGCGCAUCGGCAAGGGCUCCUUCGGCGAGGUGUUCAAAGGCAUCGACAAUCGCACGCAGAAGGUGGUGGCCAUCAAGAUCAUAGACUUGGAGGAGGCGGAGGAUGAGAUCGAAGACAUCCAGCAGGAGAUCACUGUGCUGAGCCAGUGCGACAGCCCUUUUGUCACCAAGUAUUACGGCUCAUACCUGAAGGACACGAAGCUAUGGAUCAUUAUGGAGUAUUUAGGUGGGGGCUCUGCCUUGGAUCUGAUGGAGCCCGGCUCUUUAGACGAGACUCAGAUUGCCACAAUCCUCAGAGAGAUCCUAAAGGGUCUGGAGUACUUGCACUCAGAGAAGAAGAUCCACAGAGAUAUCAAAGCUGCCAACGUGCUGCUGUCCGAGCAAGGAGAGGUGAAGCUGGCCGACUUCGGAGUGGCCGGCCAGCUCACAGACACUCAGAUCAAACGGAACACCUUCGUCGGGACGCCCUUCUGGAUGGCCCCGGAGGUGAUCAAACAGUCCGCUUAUGACUCUAAGGCCGACAUCUGGUCACUCGGAAUCACCGCGAUCGAGCUGGCAAAAGGCGAGCCGCCCCACUCCGACCUCCAUCCCAUGAAGGUGUUAUUCCUCAUUCCAAAGAACAACCCGCCUACGCUCGAGGGCAACUACUGCAAACCUCUGAAGGAGUUUGUCGAGGCCUGCCUCAACAAGGAGCCCAGUUUUAGGCCGACUGCCAAAGAACUGCUGAAGCAUAAAUUGAUUGUCCGCUAUGCGAAAAAGACGUCGUACCUGACCGAGCUGGUGGACAAGUACAAGAGGUGGAAGGCUGAGCAGGCCAGAACUACAGAGUCCAGUUCAGAUGAGUCGGACUCAGAACAGGAUGGCCAGGCGUCAGGCGGGAAUGACUUUGGCAGCGAUGAAUGGAUCUUCACCAUUCGAGAAAAGGACCCCAAGAAACUGCAGAACGGAGAGGGACAGUCGGGGGUGACGGACCAGACGAAAGACAUUCCAAGGAGGCCUUAUUCACAGAGCCUGACCACGGUCAUUUCUCCUGCAUUAGCUGAGCUGAAGGUGCGACAGGAGCAGGUCAACGGGAACCCCCUGGUCCUGGAUGAGCUGAGGGAGGCCAUCCUGCUGGCUGAAGAGGCCUACCCCGGCAUCUCUGACUCCCUCGUCGCUCACAUGGUGCAAAGGCUCCAGAGUUUCUCCACAAGCAGAAGAUCCUCCUCCUCCCCUUAAAGAAUGGCUCUCUGCCCCCCCCCGACUCUACUCUCCCAGGUCCCCCGCAUCCCAUCAACACCCUAGCCAGGUCAGAGGGUUAAAACGUUGAGGGGUCAAGUCAUUCAAUACCAGCUGGCUGCAUUUGACCUCCGCGUGAGGGGCGCUAACUUAGCCUGUUAUUUAAAA